CCUGAAGCUGAACCUGAACCUCGACCUGAACCAGAACUUGAAACUGAAGCAGAACCUGAACCACAUCCAGAAUCUGAAAUAGUAUAGUAUAGUAUAGUAUAGUAUAGUAUAGUAUAGUAUAGCAUGGGAUAGUAUAGUAUAGUAUAGUACAGUAUAGUACAGUAUAGUAUAAUACACAGUUGUUGUUUUACAGCAGUAAUUUAAACGCAGUUAAUAACAGUCAGGAUGUUUAUAAGUCCAGAGAAGAAGCAUGAUGCGCAGUACACUCCUGCGCAGCAGCGGUCGGUAUCUAGCUUCCAGCUGCUCGAAGCUCAGAAGAGAAGAAGAAGCGUUGCUAAUGCUAACAAUGGCAGCUUCCCCGGAGUUACGGAUGGACGAGCUGCCCUCAGACCCUCUGCUGCACAUCCUGUCCUACCUGGGCUUCAGGGACCUGGUCCGGUGCAGCUACGUGAGCCGCAGGUUGAACGAUCUGUCCAAACACAACCCGCUGUGGAAGUCUCUGUGCUGCAAACACUGGCUGCUGUCAGAUGCUGACCGACUGCAGAGUGGGGUGUCCUGGUACUGUCUGUUCAGGCAGUACUACGGGGAUCUGGGCCGGUACAUCCAGUACUACCCAGUACUGAAGAGAGCCUGGGAGCAGCUGAAGGAUUUCCUCCAGCAGAGAUGUCCUCGCAUGAUCGCAUCUCUGAAAGACGGAGCGUCGGAGGUGGAGCUGAACGACAUCGAGGCCCAGAUCGGCUGCAGACUUCCAGACGACUACCGCUGCUCGUACCGGAUCCACAACGGCCAGAAGCUGGUGAUCCCGGGGCUGAUGGGCAGCAUGUCUCUGUCCAACCACUACCGGUCCGAGGUGCUGCUGGACGUGGAGACGGCGGCUGGAGGCUUCCAGCAGAGGAAGGGCAUGAGGCGCUGCCUGCCGCUGACCUUCUGCUUCCACACCGGCCUGAGCCAGUACAUGGCUCUGGAGCCGGCCGAGGGACGCCGCAUGUUCGAGAGCUUCUACCCCUGCCCCGAUCAGACGGCUCAAGAUCCGUCUGCCAUCGACAUGUUCAUCACAGGCUCCUGUUUCCUGGAGUGGUUCACGACUUACGUCCACAACGUGGUCACCGGAGAAUAUCCAAUCAUCAGAGACCAGAUUUUCAGGUACGUACACGACAAAGGUUGUGUGGCGACCACCGGUGACAUCACCGUCUCUGUUUCUACCUCCUUCCUGCCUGAGCUUUCGUCCGUCCACCCGCCACACUUCUUCUUCACCUACCGGAUCAGAAUAGAGAUGUCCAGCAGCGCCUCACCUGAAGCCGCCUGCCAGCUGGACAGCCGCUACUGGAAGAUCACCACCUCUGACGGCAACGUGGAGGAGGUCCAGGGGCCUGGGGUGGUCGGAGAGUUUCCGGUCAUGACACCUGGAAAGGUGCAUGAAUACGCCAGCUGCACCACCUUCUCCACCCCAUCAGAGUACAUGGAGGGUCACUACACCUUCCACAGAUUGGCCAAUAAGGAGGAGGAGGUUUUCCAGGUUGCCAUCCCUCGCUUCCACAUGGUGUGUCCUCCCUUCAGAGAGCCGGUGACUCGAACGCAGAAGGCUUCGUCCUCCAGCUACAGCGCUCGGUUCGACGACCACGACGAUGACGGCGAGUACUGCGACGGAGACGGAGACGACUUUGGCGACCUGAGAGGAAUCAACAUGGCCGCCCUGGAGGGGGCGUGGUGCCCUCGACACAUCUGACCUCUGACCCCCGCAACAGGGGAUUAUGGGACGGACAGGGACCCAAUCACCUUCCAGCUGCCCAGGACACAAACUAUCGGGGUGCAGUUUUAUAGGAAACGUCUUUUUUGUUUGGUGUUUUUGUGGGACGGCGGUGCUCCAGUUUUCAGUUUUAUAGAACACAGAGGAAGCUCCGCCCACUGCUCAGGCUUCAGAGGAAGCAGGAGGGUAGACGGUGUUUAGUGGAGGGUCUGCAGACCACCUCGCUGUGUUUUCAGGACGGACUCACUCUUCAUGGCGUCUGUUAGCAUCUAAACAGUGAUGAGAUCAUUUCCAUUCCACAGAUUACAGACUACAGGCCUGUGCAGUAACACUUGAAUGUCAAAUGAUUCUCACCUGUAGCAGCUCACAGUAAUCAGAUUACUACUAAGUGGAGUAGUAUAGUAAGUAAAGUAAGAGACAGAAAAUGGCCGUAAAGUGAAUUAAAAGUAGUAGCUUGUCGUCACACACCCUCUUCUGUUGUUCGUUGUCAGGCCUAUGCAUUCAUUGUGGUUUCAUGGAACCAGACUCCUCCUCUACCUGCAGCUCUGAUUAGUGCUGCUAUGGUGGGUCCUACUGAUCUUCUUGGAUCUUUUUCCAUCUUUGUUGAGUCUCACAGAUUUUUCACUUCCUGUGUUCAAGCCUUUUUGUAGAAAAUUCGAGCUUUUUUUCAUAUUUUGGAUCAUUUUUACUCGAUUUGUUCAGAUUUUGAGUCACUUUUGACGAGUUUUGAGUCGUUUCGGACAACCUUUAAGUAAUCUUGGGUGGAUUUUGAGCCGUUUGGGGACUGAUGUCAUCAAUGUUUGACCAGUUCUAGUCUGUGGUUGCUUUGGGUUUCUACUUGGGCUCCUGAGUUAUAAACAUAGGGUUUGUUUUUGAUUGUCUGCUGAUACAGUUUAGGAUCAUUUGACAUGAAGCUGAUGUUCCACAGGGCUGUACGUUUGUUAAUCAGAUAUGUGAUUUAAUGAAACAUUCUCGGUUUGUUCAAGAACAGCCUGAAGAUCUCGUCAGAUGCUGAAAUCCAUGAGGGAUUUCUGCUUAAAGAUUAAUUAUCUCAAUUAUUUAAUAUGUUUUUCAUCAGGACUCAGUUGUUAGCGCCCCCUGGUGGACAAACGUGGCGUUGCAGUUGUUGGAAAAGAGUUUAAAUUUGACCAGCAGGUUUCUUCAAGCUAAAGUCGAACUACUUCUAUGGUUUUGUGGUUUCUGUGAUGGACAAAGUGACUAAAACUGUUGUAAAGAUGCAAAGUGGCCACAUAAAGACAGAAAACAAAAGUUCUGGUCCUCAUGAACAUCUGAAGAAACAUGCUGGUCUGAAACAACUCCAAACCUGAAGUUCACCACCAGAAGAACGUCCGUAGCUUCCAGAGGAUCCGAGGACGUCUUAAAGACACGACGGAGACGCUAACGGAGUGAGCGAUGGUGGGUUAGUGGUGGUGUUAGUUCAUUAAAGUGCAACGGCUAACAUUGUGUUGUUUUGUGGUCUUUGUGUUGCACCAGAGUGUGGACUUCUGGAAGGACUCUGGGUUUAUAUAGCUUCCAGCGUUUAAGUGUUUUCCUAAACUUAGCAUCAUGGCGCGGGUUUGUUUUGUAAGUUUGGACUAAAUAAACAGAUGUUCAUGCAGA